AUGCUGGUGCAGCAGGAGGCCCCGGAGGCCCCGGGAUGGGAGCCAGCGGCGGUUUCCAUGGAGGCUUCGGUAGAAGUCUCUGAGGAAAAGCAGUGGCUCCACUUCACCAAACUGGACCGUCUGGUCAAACACAUGAAGAUCAAAUCCUUGGAGGAGAUUUAUUUCUUCUCACUGCCCAUCAAGGAGUCUGAGAUUAUUGACUUUUUCCUGGGCAUGUCCCUCAAGGAUGAGGUAUUGAAAAUCAUGCCGGUGCAGAUGCAGACAUGUGUUGGCCAGUGGACCAGAUUCAAAGCCUUUGUCGCCAUUGGAGACUAUGACGGCCAUGUUGGCUUGGGCGUCAAGUGCUCCAAAGACGUGGCUAUUGCCAUCCAUGGGGCCAUUAUCCUGACCAAGCUCUCCAUUGUCCCUGCGCAGUGUGGCUACUGGGGGAACAAAAUUGGCAAGCCUCACACUGUUCCCUGCAAGGUGGCUGGGUGCUGUGGCUCUGUGUUGGUGUGUCUGAUCCCUGCACUCCAAGGCACUGGGAUCGUCUCGGCCCCUGUGCCCAAGAAGCUGCUGCAGAUGGCUGGAGUUGAUGACUUCUACACCUCAGGCAGAGGCUGCACAGCUACCCUGGGCAACUUCGCCAAAGCCACCUUUGAUGCCAUCUCCAAGAACUACAGCUACUUGACCCCAGAUCUCUGGAAAGAGUCUGAGUUCAUCAAGUCUCCCUACCAGGAAUUCAUGGACCAUCUUGUAAAG